AGUGAGCCUUUAAAUGCAGGUCUUCCAGAACUUUGCUUAUUUAUUUUUGAAGAAUGGUCUCCCUAUCAUCUAGUCUAAAAGGGCAGAAGUCACUCACAGCCUGACCCUAAUAUUGAUUAGUAGGGAAGCCUUACUGUUUAUCUUUCCAAUCUGGGCCAGUUUCCUUAGGGAGCCUGCUGACCCUCAGUUCUUAGAGGCUCACCAUAGCAGUCUUGCUAUUGCUACUGCAGGAAAGCUCUUGAAAACUCAAGGAAGUACCAACUUCUGCUUUCUCAAGAGCAGAAACUACUAUGGUACUAUUCCAUGUAGAAUAUCUUUUUUUUCUUAAGACAGGUCCUUGGGUUUUGUAGAGAAUUUUGGCUAUCGUCAAUGUAAUCUCUCAAAGGUCACUUUCUUCUGAUUGAGGAGACAAAUGAGGAGGUUGAUUUGUUCUGGGGAGAUUCAUUCACAUUGAGAAGGAAUAGUCACCCAUUAACUCUAUAAAAUCUAUAAUCCCAUGAUUCUUCAAGGAGAAAACUCAUCCUGAGCAGAGCCCAAACCUCUUGAUUGGGAAGUCUGACGAAGAGACUGGGGGACAUUGAGUCCAAGAGUCCUUGGAAAGCCCCAGUUGGAGAGAGAGAAUUCAAAAGUGCUUCACCAAACUUUUCCCGCCCCCCUCUACUUUAUCUUUCCAUUGGCCCUAUUAAUGGUGGGGGCCAGAGUAGUUUCUAUUCCUGUGGUGUACAGAGUGAGAAAUGGGGGCUGUUAAGAGUGAUGUUUCAGAGCCUUGCAGGCUGCUGUCCUUCCACCUGGUCUUCCCAGGCCUUUAAGUUCCAAAUAGGACACCUCUCUCCUUACCUAUUGGGAACACAGAGCUGGAAGCUGAGAUCAUGGCCAAAGAAAGCAGGGAUCCUUCUUCCCUCAAGAGAAGCCCAGCAGAAGAGCUCCUUAACCCCCAGAUCUGAGGACUAGCCCGCUAUCUCUUCAGAGGGUGAGAUCUCCCACAGUCAGGCCUGAAUCGUUGGGAUGGGGAUGAGAAGCAAUUAAUACUGGCCUGGUCCUAAUUAGGUUGAUGAAUCAAAGACUCAGGUGAAACCCUGUAAGGCAGGUCCCUGACAGGCAAGGUAUAAAAGCGCUAAGGAAGACCCUGUAUUCAAUUGAUCCUGUAUGGGAGGGGAAUGAGAAGCUGAGUUACUAGUGCUGAGGGUGCGGACAGUAACAUUUUUCUUCUCCGGGUGUCCCACUUGCACAGCAAAGCUACCCAGAUAGGAGAGGGGGGACCCUGGCCACCAAGAAGCAGGACUACCUAUAUGGCCUUCUACCCCUACUGAGCAAGCUUCCACGAUGGGCAUCUCAAGACGGAAUACAGGCCACCUAUUGAAAUAUUUCCCUUUGUCUUCAGGGACUUGCCUAGAACCAAGGGGUGAGAACCCUGGACUUGUGAUCAUAGCAGUCUGUUCCCUUUGGGUUUUUGCCUCCUUGGCCCUGGCUUUAGAGCAGCAGCAGCAGGGGCUUUUCCCAGACCCCUCAACUCGGACACCUGCUGAACUUUCCCCGGAGGACUUCUCCACGUCUACCCCAAUGCAAAAUGACAUGGACCAAUCCCAGGGACCUUGGGGACUAGCCAAAGAGGUUGUCCCUCUGCCUUCUGAGAGGCAGACUGAGGGUCAGACAGCCCCUGGGAAACUUUCCCUUUCCCAUGUGGUUCCUGAAGGUUCCAAAGACAAAGGAGCUUCCAGGUGGACACGAAACCGGCAAAACCAGAACUCAUUUUCCUUGCUUUCACUGCACAGUUCUCUGUCAAAGCUUCCCCACCAAAUCAGGGCUUUACAUGCCAACGAGACCCUAAAUCUCAAGACCCAGGGUCCCCCAAAAGGCCACAUUGAGGAAUCCCUUGCCCAAGUCAAUCUGAUAGAUGCUGAUGACUCUGGAGCCGCUGGAUUGCCUCAAACUCCAAGCAUCGACUCUUUGGGGACAAUGAAACCAACAGAAUCUGUGGAUCCCAUGGGGGACUGUAAAAUCUGCCUCGGACAUCACGGUCUGUCCACAGAGUCUACUGUACCAGCAGCUGCCUCCAAAGUUCAGCUGACGGCGGUGAAAUCCAGCUCUAGAGCCUUGUCCCCUCCCCAACGUGGAGUCAGUUUUGCCCCUUCCCCUUCCAAGGAAGGCGUGGUAUCCUUAAGAACACACCCGAACCCUGGGCCCCCAGAGACGCCCAGGUCUCCGAGCCUUCCAAAGGAGGCCAGAAGAGCAUUUAGUGCAGUCCCCUUCCCGAGUUUGGGGGUGUCAUGGGGCACAGAGACAGAGUCCCAGGUUCCCAAGCUUUUAAGAGCCUCUCUUUUCUCGCCCAGCUCAGAGAACCCUCGGGGGCAGACCACUUCCACAAGUGCCAUCCCGGCUACCAGCUCUUGGCCCAUCGAAUCUGAACCUCAUUCCAGGGGGCCUAAGAAAGUAGCCCCCACCUCUAAAGAUUCUUCGCCCAUCAGCCCCCCAGAUCACAUCUGGAACUCUGCCUUCCCCACACCAACCAGAUUUGAGGAACGUUCUCCCAGUGUGAUUGGCUCUGAUCGGGAGCUCCCGGCAACUAUCAAAGAACAUGAGGGGCAUUCUCGAGUGAGAGGAUUUUGUAGAGACCCCAUCCUUCAGCAUGGCCUCCCCACACAGAGGUCCGAGCUAUUGUCUGCAGGCAGCCACAGGGUCUUUGAAGAAGCAUCCGAGCCAGCGGAAGCUGCCGACUCAGACUUGGGGUUUCUGCCGUCUCUUCUACCAAGGGGAGUUACACCCAAGGGAGGGCCGCCUCCUGUGGCCCUGAGCCCCUCAGCCCUAGGGAAUGAGGAGACAGACUCCUCGGCUCUCCUGCCCGAGACCCUUAGGGCUACUUCCGAGCUUCCUUGGCCUGAGCCAACUCUGGACAAAGAAGUACCCGAUACUCCAGUUACCCAGGAGCCUUCCACAGGCAUAAGCCUGUAUGGACCCACAAGACACGUUAGAACUCUUCAGCCUGGUCCCCACCAACUUGGGGCCGCUUCCAGCCAGCCCUCGUUUCCUGUCUUUCCGGGUGCCUCCUUCCCUGCUGCCACAGCUCAGGACUCUGGCUGGGCAGAAGAACCUAAGAACUUUGUGUCCAGUCCAUCUCUUGCCCCCUUCCCAGAGACCCCUCUAAUGGCUUCUCCGGGGGCUUCAGCCAAACCACAGACCAGCCAGGUGCCUGUUUCCAAUGCGGCUGCUGAAGUUUCCCAGGUCACUUCUGUAGCAUCUGCCCUCCAAGGCAGCCCAGGGGCUACAAUAGAGCUGUCCCACCUCUCUGAGAACUCGUCCUUGGCCAGAAACAGCGGCCUGAGCUCCCCAGGGACCAGAGCCACCGGGGAAGGAACAGAGCUCUGGAUGGCACAGUCAUGGUUAGCCCACACUGCAAGCCCCAGUUCUCGGGUUGGGGGAGGCAGAACAAAGUCAGCCCCUUUCCUUUCUUCCCCCCAGACUCCUGCCCAGAUUAAGACAAGGGCCUCGAAGGCUUCAGUUCUCCCUAAGCCCUCGGCCUCCUCUCAGCCUGUGAUCCCAGAGCCCUCGGGAAUGCCAGAGGAACAGCUGGAGAACAUCUCUGAAGUUGGAGCAGGGUCAGCAAGUCUGGAUCAAGUGGUUCCCACAGACCUGGCGGCAUUCCUGCCUGCGUCUUGGGCCAAGGGCUCCACUCCGGCCCCACCGAGCACAUGGGCCAACACUUUCCCAUCUGAACUAGAAAAAGGUCAGACUUCUCUUGCUGGAAAGCAAGAGAGAGGACGCUGGCCCCCCCGCAUGAUGUCCCACCCUGUCCUGGGAACUCCGGCUCAUGUUAUUAGGUGGCUGGGCAGCAACCACUCCCCGUCUAAACUGAUGAUCGAGCCCUUAAAAAGGUCCACCUCUCCCAUGGCAGUGCCUUCUCACCCAGAACCUGGCAGGGGAAUCUGGAAGUUCCAGGGGGUCCUUCCAAACUACCCCUGGUCCACUUCUGAAAGAGAAGGCCUGAUUGAUCUCUCUACAUCUGAAAGUGCUAGAGGGGAACUGACCAAGUCCACACUAGUGCUGGAAGAUGACCAGGAUGAAGAUGAUCUAGACUGGAACCCUAAGUUUGAGAAUCACAAAAUCCCUCUGAAGUUCCGUUUGAACCUGAUCUCCUACAACCCAGCCCUGGCAGAUAAUUCUUCUGCCUCCUUCAGGAGACUCAAGUGGGAAGUCACAUUUAUGUUUAGGCAGAUGCUGUCCCACAUGAAUGGAUUCCACGAAUUCUAUGUCUUCCAAUUCUUAGAUGGAUCUGUGUUUGUUCAGAGUGAGGUGGAAGUUACAGGAGACCCAUAUCCCACAAGCUCAGAUAUUAUCCGUUGUAUUGUCACCAUGGUGUAUCAAAAUAUGAAAAUAUACUUCUCAUGGGUCGUGGACCUGCCAUCUCUGUCUUCCAAUGGCUAUGGGAUGGAAAAUCUAGAACCGGAGAAACUGCACAUUGCCUUUAUGGUCCCGAAGUUUGGUCUCCUUUCCAUGGACGAUGCUCUCCAUUACCUUCUACAAAACCUCACGGACCAGAUGAUCCAGAAUUUGGAGGCUCUGUUUCCUGUAAUGAAUAUAGAUUUCUUUGAUAUCAGGGAGAAUCAAGGCAAUCUGUACCUGAAGGCGGAGGCCUUAAUCCACAGCCAGACCUGGGCAGAUAUCCCCAGUGUCCUAGGAGCCCUGACUCAUCUGGCCAAACUGUCCGUGGAUCUGAGUUCACUCAGUGUGGAAGGACACUACCUGGAUCUGCAGCUCUUGCCCAUUACCUUCCACAUUAUCAACAGGAAGUUUGAGACAUUUUUGCUGGAGCCCGGACACCCAAAGCACCAGGCUUUCUUCCAAGACGUGGCUAUUGCGGUGAAACACGCUCUGAGUAGUUACAGCGGCUUGCUGCAGGUGAUAAUUCAGGACUGCCUGGAUGAUUCCUUCAUCUGUCUGGGAAAGCUACUGUUCCAGAUCCCACUGCCCGAGGUCCAAGACAUCCUACAGACCCUGCACAAGGCCAUCGCCUCAGAUGGCCAUCUGGCGGACUCUCAGUUCCAAGUGAACUCCAGCUCCUUCUUGAUUGCAGAAGAACACCUGGACUCUCCUGAAUCCAAGAAUAUGGCCAGCAUUAUUUCGGUUGCAAUCGGCCUGUCCAUCCUGAUUUUCUUCAUAAGUGCUUUCCUUAUAAUCCAGUGUAUGAGGAACAGGAUCUGCAGCUACUGCCACGAAGGCAUCUUCCCAUCUCCAAACUACCAGAUGCAGAGCGAGAUGAUCGAGUUGGAGAGCCAUCAGGCCGAGAGUCUAGUCUCUGAGGAAGAUAACCCGGGCUUGGAAGUUGCGUUGGAAGAGAUGCUUGAAGAUGGGUCCAGUUCCUUUAUUUGGGAGCCUUCCCUUCUGAUCUCAUUUAUGUCUCCUCAGGAAUCGUCAAGCAGCUGCUAAAAGACCCCCUUUCUUGUACCAGGAUCUCUGAAGUAAUGAGCAUAACUCCUCCUGCCUUGACCAAGAAGAGUUGCACAAUCUCAUUUAUUCUCCUUCCCUCUUGCCAUCAGUCGGUGUCUCCACUAUGUCUUUAGAGUGAGAUUCGGACCUGAGCAUGGUUGGUUGUGUGUGUGCGUGGGGAUUAUUUUUUCCCAGAAAGAAGAUUAUUGUGAAUCAUAUCCUGUUUGGAUGUUUAAAUUAAAAGCAAUUUUUAAAAAACU